AUGGCCUAUGACUGUUACGUGUCUGUUUGCAGCCCCCUCAGAUACUCAACCACUAUGAGCAGCAGAGUUUGUCUCUCCUUGGUCCUGCUGGCCUGCUCCAGUGGUACUGUUGUGUCUGUGGUGCAGACAGCUUGGGUGCUCACACUGCCCUUCUGUGGGUCCAGGAAGAUGAAUCCUUCUGUGAUGCUCUCCUGCACUGACACCUUUCCCUAUGAAAUGCAGAUCAUUAUGGCCACAGUGCUGGUCCUCUUUACUCCAUGUUGUCUCAUCCUGGUAUCCUAUGCCUGCAUCAUCUCCAGUACCCUGAAGAUUUCCUCUGCAGAGGGCAGAGAAAAGACCUCCACCUGUUCCUCACACCUCUUUGUUGUAACAAUUUAUUAGGCCAGUGGGACCUUGAUUUACUUAUGACCCAAAUCCAGUAGUUCACAAGACACUACUCUCGUCUACACAACCAUAGUUACCACAUUAAAUCCCUUGAUUUACAGCCUGAGGAAUAAAAUGAAAGGUGUACUGAUCAGAAUUAUAUCUGAGCUGAGGAAUAAAUGA